UCCUGUCCAAUUUCAAAAAACAAAACUGAUAUCUAUAGUGACACGUCAACAAAUGCUGGACACUGAUAUAUUUCGAAGGAGAUGAAGUUAGCUCGUAAGAUUGACUAAUUGGGUCGACUUUGGGUUGCUUAAAUCGAAAGAGUUGAGCAAAGCAAAGUGGUGGCUUCUCUAUAUUGAGGAGGUGCUAUUAGGAAGCUAGAAAGAUGAGCUCUAAAGACAAGAAUGAGGUAGAGAUUAAUGGGGAGAUGGGAAGGAAAGAGAGGAAAUCAAUAGCUAUAAUGUUGAGAUGUGCUGAUAGGGUUGACAUUUUGCUAAUGGUGUUGGGUACCCUGGGAGCCAUUGGAGAUGGAAUGUCAACAAACUGUUUACUGUUGUACGUUAGCCGCCUUUUUAAUAGCUUGGGUUAUGGUAAGACCCAACAAAAUCAUGCUAAUUUCAUGGCUGAGAUUGAACAGUGCAGUUUAUACUUCGUGUACUUGGGAUUAGCAGUCAUGGUGGUGGCAUUUAUGGAAGGUUACUGCUGGAGUAAAACAAGUGAGCGGCAGGUGCUGAGGAUUCGGUACAAGUAUUUGGAAGCUGUUCUUAGGCAAGAAGUUGGAUUCUUUGAUUCACAAGAAGCAACUACUUCAGAGAUCGUCAACAGCAUAUCAAAAGAUACUUCUCUCAUACAAGAAGUUCUUAGUGAGAAGGUGCCAAAAUUUUUGAUGCACAUAUCACAGUUCAUCUCAGGACUUGCAUUCUCCACUUACUUUUCAUGGAGGCUGUCUUUAGUAGCAUUCCCAACACUACUGCUUUUAGUCAUUCCUGGAAUGAUUUAUGGCAAAUACCUUCUCUACUUGUCUGACAAAUCCUUCAAGGAAUACGGCAAAGCAAACACCAUAGUUGAGCAAGCUCUAGGCUCCAUCAAGACCGUCUAUUCAUUCACUGCCGAGAAGAAUAUAGUUGAAAGAUACUCAGCAAUACUCGAUAAGACAACCAAGAUGGGGAUUAAGAAAGGAAUUGCGAAAGGCCUUGCUGUUGGGAGCACGGGGCUUUCUUUUGCAAUAUGGGCUUUCCUUGCUUGGUAUGGAAGUCGUUUGGUUAUGUACAAGGGAGAGAGUGGAGGACAGAUCUAUACAGCCGGCAUUGCAUUCAUAAUGGGUGGGCUAUCCCUUGGAGUGGCACUUCCUGAAGUUAGGUACCUUACAGAAGCCUCAGUUGCAGCAUCGCAAAUAUUUAAUAGGAUCAACCGGAUUCCAGAAAUCGACGGUGAAGUCCUAAAGGGACUAGUACUAGACAAAAUACGUGGAGAAGUAGAAUUCGAGCAUGUCAAAUUCACCUAUCCUUCUCGCCCAGACUCCAUUGUUCUCAAAGAUUUCAAUCUCAAAGUCCAAGCAGGAAAAACCGUGGCUCUUGUUGGCGCAAGCGGGAGUGGAAAAUCCACUGCCAUUGCUUUGCUUCAACGAUUUUACGAUGCAGAUUGUGGAGUCGUUCGCAUUGACAGUAUCGACAUAAAGACAUUUCAAUUGAAAUGGUUGAGAGGACAAAUGGGACUUGUUAGCCAAGAACACGCACUUUUUGGAACAUCGAUAAAAGAGAAUAUCAUGUUUGGGAAACAUGAUGCAACUAUGGAUGAAGUGAUGACUGCUGCAAUGGCUGCAAAUGCUCACAAUUUCAUUAGGCAGCUUCCAGAAGGGUAUGAGACCAGGGUUGGAGAGCGAGGAGCACUCUUGUCAGGCGGGCAGAAGCAGAGAAUUGCCAUAGCUAGGGCGAUUAUCAAGAACCCUGUAAUUCUUCUACUUGAUGAAGCAACGAGUGCGCUUGACUCAGAAUCAGAAUCACUUGUGCAAAAUGCCCUUGAUCAAGCCUCCAUGGGAAGAACCACACUGGUUGUUGCCCACAAGCUCUCCACAGUGAGAAAUGCAGAUUUGAUUGCAGUCAUGAGUGGAGGUUGUAUCAUUGAAAUAGGUUCACACAAUGACCUAAUCAACAUAAAAAAUGGCCACUAUGCAAAACUCGCAAAACUACAAAGACAAUUCAGCAGCUUCGACAACCACCCUGAUGACCAAGACCAGCAUUCCGAACCUGGCCUCUUGUCAGUCACAAGAAGCAGUGCUGGCAGGCUAAGCACUGGUCGUUCCAGCCCCGCUUUCUUCUCCACACCACAUCAACCGACUGAUGACCCACAAACCGUAUCUCAUCCACCACCAUCCUUUUCCAGGCUCCUUUCUAUGAACUCCCCAGAAUGGAAACAAGGCCUAAUUGGAAGCCUGUCUGCUAUAAUCUUCGGUGCGGUACAACCUGUCUAUGCACUCACCAUUGGGGGCAUGAUUUCGGCUUUUUUCUCACCUAGCCACGAGGAAAUACGAUCUAGAAUCCGAACCUACUGUUUAAUUUUCUCUUCGCUUUCCCUCAUUUCUAUUGUUGUAAAUCUCUUGCAACAUUACAAUUUUGCUUACAUGGGUGAGCAGCUAACGAAAAGGAUUCGAUUGAAGAUGCUUGAGAAAAUAUUGACAUUUGAAGCGUCGUGGUUCGAUGAAGAAAAGAAUUCUAGUGGGGCUUUAUGUGCUAGAUUGAGCAACGAGGCUUCCAUGGUCAAAUCCCUUGUUGCAGACAGAGUUUCACUUUUAGUCCAAACCGUUUCAGCUGUGACCGUCGCGAUGGUCAUGGGACUAGCUGUAGCGUGGAAGCUAGCACUUGUUAUGAUUGCGGUUCAACCGCUCACAAUCCUAUGUUUUUACACUCGAAAAGUUCUACUUUCUUCGAUUUCAAUGAACUUCGUCAAGGCUCAAAAUCAAAGCACUCAAAUCGCUGUCGAGGCAGUGUACAACCAUAGGAUUGUGACUUCAUUUGGAAGCAUACAAAAGGUUCUUAAGCUUUUCGAUGAGGCUCAAGAUGAACCGAGGAGGGAGGCAAAGAAGAAAUCAUGGCUAGCGGGGAUUGGUAUCGGAUCUGCUCAGUGUCUAACUUUCAUGUGUUGGGCAUUGGAUUUUUGGUAUGGUGGAAUCUUAGUGAAUUCGGGGGAGAUAUCAUCCGGAGCUGUUUUCAAGACAUUCUUCAUAUUGGUGAGUACGGGAAAAGUUAUAGCUGAAGCUGGUAGCAUGACUUCUGAUAUAGCCAAAGGCUCAACCGCUGUGGCAUCUGUUUUCGCCAUUCUUGAUCGACAAUCUCUAAUUCCAAGGUCUUACACUGCCGAGGAUGGAACCAAGUUGGAGAAAAUGGCAGGCGGGAUAGAGAUGAAAAGGGUUGAUUUUGCAUACCCAAGGCGGCCUGAGAGCCUCGUAUUGCGCCAGUUUUGCCUGGAAGUGAAACCAGGAACAAGCGUUGGGCUUGUGGGGAAAAGCGGGUGUGGGAAGUCGACGGUGAUUGCGUUGGUUCAGAGAUUUUAUGAUGUCGAGAGAGGGGCAGUGAAGGUGGAUGGGGUGGACAUAAGGUCACUUGACAUCGGGUGGUAUAGAAGGCACAUGGCACUGGUUAGCCAAGAACCGGUGUUAUAUUCAGGCAGCAUUCGUGACAACAUUGUGUUUGGGAAGCUUGAUGCGACCGAGAAUGAGGUUGUGGAGGCUGCUAGGGCUGCCAAUGCUCAAGAAUUCAUCUCAGCACUGAAAGAUGGGUACAAAACUGAAUGUGGAGAGAGGGGAGUACAAUUAUCAGGAGGACAGAAGCAGAGGAUUGCCAUAGCAAGAGCGAUAAUUCGGAACCCAACCAUACUACUGCUAGAUGAAGCAACCAGUGCUCUUGAUGUUCAAUCAGAGCAAGUGGUGCAAGAAGCACUGGACCAGAUCAUGGUCGGAAGGACAACAGUGGUGGUGGCACACCGCCUUAACACGAUCAAGAACCUUGACUCCAUUGCCUUUGUUGCUGAUGGAGCACUGGUGGAACGAGGAACCUACGCUCAGCUCAAGAAUAAGCGCGGCGCUUUCUUCAACCUUGCCAGCCUUCAAAACACAUAGCUUGUAUUUUCACAAGAAUAACUUUUUAUGAUAUUAUUAGCUUGUUUAAUGCAUUCACGCAAAGAGUUAGGAAAAAUAUGUAUUCAUAAACAAGAUGCAGGAACCUAGUCGGUAAGAAAAUGCUAUAAGGGCUGCUAUAUACGUAUAUCACCGGAUGAAUUUACCCACUUUUUCACGUCCUGUAUGAAUUUCAAAUAAUAAAUAUCAUGCGUACAUGUUUUAUA